AGUUUUUUUCAGAUGAAGAAACAUUGACUGCUUUUUUUUAAUGUUCAACUUUGCUUGUUGGUUCUUAUUAAAAGAUUCCACGCAUAUGCAAAAAAAAUGCAAAAAUUGUGGUUAAAAAGGUUAGAAAGUUUUGCAUAGAUUUCCGUUAUUGAUGGAUUAUUUAAUACAUGUCAAUUGUACAAAUUGCAAACCAACGUUUAUGGUGCAGUAACUAUUUUUAGUGUAAAAAAAAAACAACUUCCAUACAAUUCCCAAGUUAGCUGCGGAAAAAAUCAGUAUUCCAAUUUCGAAUGUUUGAUUCAUAAAUUCAUCGUCUAAUGUUUCACACAUGCGACAUUUACGUUUACAGCUCUUACCUGUGGCUUUAUAGCACCAUAAAUUUCAAUUGCUCUUACUGCAUAGAAAUUAGAACAUUUUUCCAUUUCGUACCUUCUUUAUUGUGUUUUAUUUUACAUGUACAGACUAAAAAAAAACAGAUAGAAAUCGAUUAUUUACGUUCGCGAGAUUUUACGGUCUAUUGUUGAUUUCUUUACUUCACCCACUGGUAAUUAAAGACCUUUCAAGAUUUUUCGCUUCUUAACUUUUAGUUAGAGCUUUGACGUACUAUGAAAAAUUUACCCGUUUUUUUCCUUCAGAACGCACUUAGAAAGCGUUUAGAUUUAGAGAAAAAAACGGUGUGAGAGCGACUGUAAAUAAAAACUUUGUCUAAUAAAUAUAUACUUUUUCAAUUUGUCACUCACUUCGUUGUUUACUGGAUCUGCAGACAAUCAGCCGAAAACCUUCGCAGCAGAAAAAACCACACAGAAUUGUUUUGUUUUUAGGAUAGCAUGGACCUUAUUUGGGGUUUUAUCUACAAAAAAUCAUCCAACUUCCUUCCUUUCAAGUUAUGGACUGAAUUAAAUUAGAUCGACUGAAAUACUAACUUAAAUUUGGAGAAAAAAUCUUUUUUUUUCGAUAAUCGACCUAAAAUGUUUUCACCGAUCCAUUGGCAGACGGGUUCAAAAAACCCGAAUGAGAUUCCCGAGCGACCUUACUCCGGAGCCGCUUCGGCUGAGCGAAGCAGAAUCGUUCAUCAAAACUCAAACCCGAACCCAAACUCCGAUCAAUAUAGUCCCUCUUACCGAGACAUAUACUCUCCGCCCAUCGCGGGCGCCAAUUUUUCAUACCAAGGGGGUCACAUUCCACUAAAUAAUGAAGUUCGUCACGCACGCGAAGGGUUUUUAACCGACGUCAAGUCUCAGCUUCGCGUAGCGACCGAACAACUUGAUCUGGCAAGAAAAGAAGCGUAUGAAAACAACCAGAAGGCUAUUGAACUGGAAAAGAGCAUAGCCAGUUUUUGGAACCCAGAGUUGAAGAAAGAAAGGCUGGCAAGGAAAGAGGAAAAUAUGAAAUAUAUGCAGUUGAAAGAACAACUAGCAAAAGUUCUGGAACAGAAUAACCAACUUCAGGGCUCGAUUCAAUCACUCGCAAAUGAAAACAAUGCAUUGAGAACGCAGCUAAGCAUCGCUGCUCUUCGCAAUGGUACAGACUCGACCAAAAUCAACGGAGGUGUUGGUUUGGAAAAUCCAGCGUUUUCCAGUGUAAAUGGCACCUACCAACUAGACUAUCUUCGGAGCGAGAACGACCAAAAAUCUAAAGAAGUUUACUUGCUAAAGAAAACACUUGAAGAAAUGGAGCUGAGAAUAGAAACACAGAAGCAAACUUUGACCGCAAAAGACCAAUCUAUCCAAAAACUAUUAGAAAUGCUUCAAGCGAAAGGUUUGCUUGAAAAUGAAGCGCCAAAUUCCCCUUUUCUGAUACCCAACGGGGAUUCAAACCAAGUUGGAAAUCUCGAAAGCACGAUAAUGGAUCUUAAAAGCCAAGUUAAUCAAAAGAACCGAGAAAUAUCGAAGCUGAAAACGCACGUUAUCAAGCAAUCAUCGGUCGACCUGGAAACGAGGUUGAAAUCUCCGCCUCCUUUUGGGUUGUCGAGUAGUCAAGAACCAACCGCCCAAGCAAUCAAAGAAAUUCUGGAAUCAAAAGAUGAAAAAAUCGAGCAUUUAGAAAAACAAUUGCAAUCAAAUAGCAGAUUUAACCGCUCUGAGUUAGAUAGAUCUGAGAACUUAGGUGCUUCUUCAAGUUAUAAAGAGCACAUUGAGUUUCUGAAAUCAAAAAUCGACCAACUGAGAACUGAAAAUUCUAAACGUGAGUCCGAAAGUUUGGCGAGUCAAUCGAAACAAGAGGUUUUAAUGAAACAAAAUACAGACCAAUCUCACCAUAUCAAAGUUUUGAAAGAAGCUCUUUUUACAAAAGAUCAACACGUCCAAAGUCUUCAAAACGAAAUCGAUUCUUUGAAAGGAAAAAUAGACGAACGUGAACUACUUUUGAACAAACGAAAAGCGCCGCCUCCUCUAAGACAAUCAAGUUUUUCAGAUGUCAACCCAGAUUACAAAGAUAAACGCAUGAGUGAAAUGCAACGUGUAAUUGAUAGCCUCAAAGGUCAAAUCGAAAUUCUGAAGUUGCACCAAGGUCAAAAUGCAACCGGAACUUCGACAGCACAUAGCGAAUUGCAAUCGGUUUUCGGUGACAGAGAGAAACUACUAGAACAGUUACGGCACGAUAGCGAAAAGCAGAAAUUUUCUUACGACAAUCAACUUGAUUCGUAUUCAAGACUGAAUGAUGACGUGAAUAAGAAAAACCACGAGUUGAAUCAAGACAAUCAAAUUAAGAGCAAAUUAGUGCGAGAUCACGAAGAGAAAAUGUCGAGCCUACUCACUGCUAAUAUGAAAAAGGACUCGGCGCUGAAGAGUUUGGAGAUCUCAGUGGCUCAGAAGGGGGCGGAAUUGAGUGAGUGGGAGGAGAGAGUCAGACGACUGCAGGAGGAGAAGAUAGCACUGAUCAAGGAGAAACAGGAGCUGAAGAAACAAGUGGAUGCGCUCGAAGAACAGGUCAACCAUUACAUAGACGAACUAACCCGAACCCAAUCCAUUCUGGACAAGACAUCUGAAAACAUGAAGGAACUAGAUGACGAGAAAAGAGUUCACGAACGACGUGUGAACGAACUGGAAAAUGUCGCGGCUCAACUCAAAGCCAAACUAAACGAAAUGCGCCGAGUUAAGAGCGACGAGAAUGUUAUGCAACAGAAGCUCUUAACCGAGUCUCGAAAACGAGAAGGUGACGUAAUAUUCGAUUCCGCCGAGCUUCAAGAAGUUAUCAUGGAAAAAGACAAGAGGAUUUCGGAACUGGAACAUGCUUUGGAAGAAUGUUCUAGAAUAACUAUGACUCGCGAAGCGGUGUUGUCCAAACACAAUAACGUUACAACCGCGGCUCACCGCAAAGUCGAGGAAUUAGCUUUGGAAGUGGAAAGGUUACAAAAAGCGCUGAAAAAUAGUGAGGUGAAGCUGGGCCAGAUGGCGGGUGAGUUGGGUGAGAAUGAGGCGAGGAUGCAGCAGAUGCAGAGUGAGAGGAGGAGACAGUUGGCGGAUGUGAUGCAGAUGAAGCAGGACGCACUCCAGGCUGCUCUGGGGGAGAAGAACGCCCACAUUGCCAUGAUAGAG